AUGGCCGCGGCCGUUAGCGACUCACGUGUGAGUGCGGGGAAAAUGCUGAAAAAUUCACUAAGGAGGAAGAAGAGGAUGAAAAUGGUAGUAGCAUCGGAGCUGGGAGAUAAGGACAAAGACGCUUCCGAUAAUGAAGGUCCUCUCGGAAGCUGUGGAUUGGAAAAAGAUCACUUUUCCUCUGGUGAUGACGCAGUGGAAGCUGACAGCGAAGAUGAAGCUGAACCCCGUGAGGAUGACAACGACAGUGCCGCAGAGGCUAGUGUGGGGACUAAUGCGGGCUGGGCAGAUGCCAUGGCUAGAAUCCUGAACAAGAAGAUUCCUGAGAGCAAACCCGCCAUCCUGGUCAGAAACAGAGAGCUGGAAAAGGACAAAGAGAAGUUAAAACAAGAGAGACUAGAGAAAAGGAAACAGCUUGAUAAGAAGCGGGAAUGGGAAAUGAUGUGCAGAGUAAAGCCAGAUGUUGUCAAAGACAAAGAAACGGAGAGAAAUCUUCAGAGAAUUGCUACAAGGGGUGUGGUGCAGUUAUUUAAUGCCGUUCAAAAGCAUCAAAAGAAUGUAGAUGAGAAGGUUAAAGAAGCUGGAGGCUCUAUUAGAAAACGAGCUAAGUUGAUAUCCUCGGUUUCCAAGAAGGACUUCAUCAGUGUUCUGAGAGGGAUGGAUGGAAAUGCAAGUGAGAAGACUUCUGCUGGGAAGAACUCGAAAGCCAAACAGACUGAAGCAAAAUCAGAAGAGGGCCCAGGAUGGACGAUCUUGCGUGAUGAUUUCAUGAUGGGUGCAUCCAUGAAAGACUGGGACAAAGAAAGUGAUGGAGCAGAUGAUGGCAGACCGGGGUCUGGGACCACGGCGGCGGCCGCCGCUCGCCUGUUGCCGGGUUGGCGUUUGGAGCGAGAGCAGAAGGAGGAGCAGAAGGAGGGAGCUGGAGGCCGGACGCGUUCGCCAGCGGCGGCGGCGGCGGCAACGUGGAGUGAGCGGGCGGGUCGGCGCGCCGGCCGGGGUGUCGGCCCCCGCGCGCAGCUCCGGGAGCAGGAUCCUCGCCGCCUCCCUGCGCGGCCUCCGCGGCCCGCGCCGGACCCGGCCGAGUCCCGGGCGCCGAGCGAAGCUCUCCCGCCUCCCCGCCGCGGGCCGGGCUCGCCCCCAGCGCGCGCACCCGGCCGGCCGGCCUCGGCCGCCCCCCUGACAGCGCGGCCCGCGCCCCUCCCGCCGGCGCGCCCGCUGCCAGCCCCGGGACCUUUUCAUCUCUUCCCUUUUGGCCGGAGGAGCCGAGUUCAGAUUCGCCACUCCGCACCCGAAACUGACAUACUGAACUCCGUUUCCUCCUGCUAA